UGCUGGCAACUGUGCAUGUACGUCACUCAUGAUGAAAUCAGAGUUGACGCACAGGCGACAGUGUUUCUAACACCCACCAAACCGCCACAACACGCUACUCACGGUAAUGCAAUCAAAUUUGUACUUCAUAAUCAGGAUAAAAGAUGUGUCUACAGCACACUUCAGAUGGCAGGUGUCGGCCUUACCCCAUACCAGGGCAAGAUGAGGGCAUGUGGAAUGUUCCACUGUAAGAAAUGUGAUAAGAACUGGUUUUCUGCUAAUUCUUGGGCCAAUACCUUCCAAAAAUGCAAAGGUUGCAAUGGCAAGAUCUAUCCUUAUAAACAGUUCCAACCAUGGAAGGGUACCGGUGCUCGUAAAGGUAUUCCCCCACAUCCUCAAAAUCUGUGCCAGAGGUGUAUGAAACUAGGAAGGUUUUGUGGUUUGACUAUACGCAAAUAUAUGGCAGAAGAGUAACCACUGCUGACUCCUAUAAAUCCUUAACCCACUGUAAAAUCUGUGAUAAAAUGGUGUCUUAUCUCAGCAUUAGGAGAAUAAAUUCUCUACCACCGUGAAUAUAGUACUGGGACAUAUACAGUCUCAGUACAAUACUGUACUUAUGGUCAUGUAAAGACCUCGAGACAAAAAUAAUACAGUAAUAAUAAAAAUGUAUACAAAAUACUAUAAACCUAUCCUGUAUUCUUACUAACUUUAGUAUGUAAAAAUACAAAUUAAAUUUUUUUGUUAUUUAUCAUUCACUGUACUACAUAAUGCUACUUUUAAAUUCUAAAUUACUGUCCUUACUGCAUGUACAUUUUCCAGUGAACAUUUCUCUUGUUACCGUUGGGAAGAAAAUCCUUUCUACUGUAUAAACUGCAGAUUGAUUUCCAUUAUGCUUUAUUUUUUUUUCUUUGCAAAGGUAAGUUACAGUAAUUAAUUAAUGAUAGACUGUCUUCAUCCUUGAGUAACUCCAUAAUUUUUAAAAAGGUUCAAUAUGUCGACAAAUGUUCAGUACCUCCAUGUAUCAUACAGCGUACUAUACAGUUUGUACUGCA